AUGCAACAGUCGGAAGUCCUCUUCAUCGGCACCAAAUCCGCUCUCACCAAAGCUGGCAACCUCACCCUCACCAUUGAUGACACCACUGUGUCCCCCCCCCCCCCCACACACAACCUUGGUGUCAUCCUGGACUCCACCCUCUCCUUUGAACACCACAUGACAGACUGUCAAAUCCUCAUUCUUCUACCUCCGCAACAUAGCCAAAAUGGUGCUCCUCUGAGUGGGCUGUCGUGGCCGUCGUCUCUGGCGGUGGUGGCUGUUUCCUUGUCUGGUCUCUUCACCUUUGUCUUCCUCAUGCUGGCCUGCCUCUGCUGCAAGAAGGGACACAUCGGCUUUAAGGAGUUUGAGAAUGUCGAGGGGGAGGAGUACCAGGCGGACCUGUCCACCCUGGCAUCCCCUGCAUCCCAGGGCGGACCUGAUGUUUACAUCCUGCCCCUGACUAAAGUGUCACUCCCCAUGGCCAAACAACCAGGACGAUCAGUCCAACUCCUGAAGUCCACAGAACUCGGUCGCCACAGUCUUCUCUACUUGAAGGAGAUUGGCGAUGGCUGGUUCGGAAAGGUUCUCCUGGGGGAGGUGAAUGCGGGUCUCAGCACCACCCAGGUGGUGGUUAAGGAGCUGAAGGCCAGUGCCAGUGUUCAGGACCAGAUGCACUUCCUGGAGGAGGCCCAGCCAUACCGUGCCCUCCAGCACCCAGCCCUCCUGCAGUGCCUGGUGCAGUGCACUGAUGUCACCCCCUACCUGCUGGUCAUGGAGUUCUGCCCUUUGGGUGAUGUGAAAGGGUACAUGCGGAGCUGUCGGGCUGCAGACACAAUGACCCCUGAACCCCUGAUACUGCAGAGGAUGGCCUGUGAGAUUGCCUCAGGACUCCUGCACCUACACAAACACAACUUCAUACACAGUGACCUUGCCCUGAGAAACUGCCUGCUGACCGCUGAUGUUACAGUGAAGAUUGGAGACUACGGCCUGUCACACAAUAAGUACAAAGAUGACUACUUUGUGACGUCAGACCAGAUGUACGUGCCACUGCGUUGGAUCGCUCCAGAACUCAUAGAUGAAGUCCAUGGCAACCUACUGGUGGUAGGCCAGAGCAAACAGAGCAACGUCUGGUCUCUGGGCGUGACUAUCUGGGAGUUGUUUGAGUUGGGCAACCAGCCGUACAGACACUAUUCUGACAGACAGGUCCUGACCUACGCUGUGAGGGAACAGCAGCUCCGACUGCCCAAGCCCCUGCUCAAUAUACCCCUGGCAGAGCGCUGGUAUGAGGUGAUGCAGUUCUGCUGGCUCCAACCAGACCAGAGGCCCAAUGCAGAGGAGGUCCACCUGUUACUCAGCUACCUGUGUGCCAAGGGGGCCAACGAGGCCGAGGAGGACUUUGAGAGGCGCUGGAACUCCCUGCGUCCCAACCCCAACGCUGGCCCCAACAACAGCCUCCACCAUGGGGCAGGAGCCCUGGCCAUUGACCUCCCCUCCUCCUCCUUCCCCCUGCUGGAGCAGUUCUCUGGAUGCGACGGCUACCACAGCGAGUCAGGAGAUGAUAUACUGACCGUGACCGAGACCAGCCACGGCCUGAACUUCGAGUACAAGUGGGAGAAGGCUCAGGCGGGGGACCUGUACUACCCCCCUGGGCCAGGGGGCAUGGUGGGGGGCUGUGGUGGGGUGGCCUACUACGAGCCCAAGAUGCUGCAUGGUUCUGGGGUCGGGGUGGUGCCGGUGCUCAGCGCCUGUAGUCCUUCAGUGAGCGCUGAGUACUACGUCCGCAUGGAGGAGCCUGGUGUGGACUGUCACAUCAACAUGGACCUGGACUACACCAUGUGCUCCUACAGCCCAGACUACCAGGGCAGCAACGGGAGCUUCCUGACAGGCAGUGGCAGUGCAGACUCAGGGGAUUGUAUUAUGGGGAUGGGUGCAUGUCCCUCCCAGGCCCACUCCAAGCCUGUGGACUCCUACUGGUCGGCAGACAUCUGUAAAGCUGGGGGUGGUGGAGCAUAUGACUCGGACCCAGAUGGAAGCCCGGCCAUCUCCCUGACCAUGGAACCCCUGCUGGGGCAAGUCUCUGACUCCAGCCCCCUGAGACCCUGGGAGGCUGGUCAUUACGUCUCCUACAAGGACCGGGAUGGGGGGUUCUACUACGAACACUCACCCCCUAUGGGCAUAGGCCACCACAUGGGUCUGGGUCUGGACCAUCACCAGCACUACCUGAUGGGGCGGGAACACUCUCCCCCUGAGCCCCACCAGGAGAGCUGGGGGUCCCGGAGCCUGCGUCAGGCCCUGGGGGAACUGGAAAACCCUCUGGGGAUAUCUCCCUCCAUCAGUACCCCUCCCCAGGGUGGUGGUCCUCCUUUUGGGGUAGGGGACCCCUACCUGGAGACGACCAAGGGACCAGGUGCCAUCAUUGGGGGGAGUAGCGUCACUGGGGGUUACUAUGACAUGAUGGGUUCUCUGAGGAAAACCAUGCCGACCAUGCCAGGCCACACCCACUCAGUCAGCAUCACCAUGGCGUCGGAGGACUCGGACGAGGAAGAGGAUAUAUUCUCAGAGAGGCAGAGAAUCAACAGUAGUAACACCUGGCCCUCUAAUCUCUCUAACCACUGCACUAACAACAACAGUCUAGGCCUGGGCCGUAGUAGACAGGCUGGCUGUAGGCAACAACAGGAUGCCUAUGUAGACUUCCUCUACACUAUGCCCACUACCGACAUAGAGGACUCGUGGCCUGAGGAGCACAACCUGACCUUCCGCUCCUCUGUCUCUGCUGCAGUUAAACCCAUAGACUACCUGGAGGCGACGGCAGCUUCGGCUAAAGACAGCAGCUGUCUAUCCCUGGGGAAGCAUCAUACCCUGAUACCCUCCGACGACGCCUACAACACCUACAUCUAUCUGUGCCAUGAGAGGGAGGGGGAGAGGGAGGUGAAGCCACCACCAAUCGAGUGCUGCCACUCUCAUUUCGUCGACCCCCUCACAGGCCUAGUGGUGCGAAACUACACCUGUGAUGGCUACAGAGAUCAGAUUGUAGAGAUGCUCAACAACGAGGAAGAGAGUGUGAAUCUGUCCCCAGCACCGGGAGGGCCUAGUGUGUCUAAAUCAACCCUGACACACAACACUAACACAACCACAACCGUAACCAACCUUGACCACCCUGAGCAGUAUGUUGACAUCACUAUGGACGAUACCCUUUCCAUAGACCAGAAGCAAGAGGUUGUCACAGAAAACAAAGGGGUUCUCACUGAUCCUAAACCAGAGGACAUGACUAUGGAUAUGGCUGCCCCACUUCCCUCAGUGAAUGUGCCUGACCUAGUCUGCUUGGUUGAGCCAGAGUCAGAGCUGAGCCAUACGUUAGACAGCGGCCUGGACAGAGACCACUGCUCCAGCAUCAGUCUAGUGGACAUCUCCGACUGCUAUACCGACGACGAUGAUGAAGACGAUGACAUUACUGACGUGACCUCAGGGAUCUUUGCUGACGAGGCGUCGGCUGGGGACCUUAACGCCUCCCCCUCCUUGGCCCGUCCCCUCAAGUCCCUGCAGAAGCAGGUGGGAACACCCGAUUCCAUGACUUCCAUGGACUCCAUGGACCUGAUGCCUUUAGCGGCCGGCUCCACCACAGAGCCAUUCAGCCCUGCCUCCAGCUCCUCCCACCCAUCUAGUUCGUCCCCCAAGGCAAUGGAUAGCGGGUACGACACAGAGAAUAACGAGAGCCCAGAGUUCAUCCUCAAGGAGCCCCACAAUGAGCCCCGGGACCCAAAGACAUUCACCCAGCCACUUGGGGAGUCUGUCCUGGACACCAGCCUGGAUGAAGAGGGGGAGGAGGGGGGAGAGGAGGCCGAGGUGGCCCCACCGGAGGAUGAGGAUGAACCUACCCUGGAUGAAGAUGUGACUCUAGCAGCCUCACAGACCACAGACAAAGAGAAGGAGCUGGCCCCCCUCAGUGAGAAGAACCCUUACAGGGACUCUGCCUACUUCUCUGACUAUGAGAACGAGCGCCUUUCCAGGGAUGAUGAGGAUGAGAAAGUGGGGGAUGAUGAAAAUGUAGGAGUGGAGGAGAGAGAAGAGGAGGAGAGCCUGACAAAGAAGAGGGAUCUCAGCCCUCUUCAUAUAGAGGAAGAGGAGGAGGGAGAAGAAGAGGAGAGCCUGACAAAGAAGAGGGAACUCAGCCCUCUUCAUAUAGAGGAAGAGGAGGAGGGAGAGGGGGAGGUGAGCCUGACAGAGAAGGGGGAACUCAGCCCUCUUCAUAUAGAGGAAGAGGAGGAGAGCCUGACAGAGAAGAGGGAACUCAGCCCCCUUCAUAUACAGGAAGAGGAGGAGAGCCUGACAGAGAAGAGGGAACACAGCCCUCUUCAUAUAGAGGAAGAGCUGGAAGGAAAUGAGACCUCAGCUCUUCUGGAGGAGAGUGAAGACCCAGAGAUGAAGGGUUGCCUGACAGAAGAGUGCACCCAUGAUGAAGGGCUGGAGCUGGGGAUAGAAUUGGCCUCCAAUAUCUCUGGAGAAGUAGAGGAAGGAUCAGAGGGAUGGCUUGCCCAGGAGGAGCCCUCUUCCCUGGGAGACUGGGCAGCAGAGGUGGUGGGGGCUAUGGAAGAAGCCCUGGGGGAACUCCAGAGGAGCAGCAGUACUGAAACCAACUCUGGUACCAAGGAGGAGGAGGAAGAGGAAGGAGAGCGAAGAGACGUGGAGGACUCAUCUGAAGCCUUAGAAUUAGCAGAUGUCCUAGAAGAAGCAUCUAGCGAAAGGUCAGAGAGCAUCGACAAGGACGAUGAUGAUGAAGAGAACGGACCUCCCUCACGACGUCAACGCUUCUCCUCCUCCUCCCCUCCCUCCAUUCCUCCUCCUCCUCUCCCCCCGAUGACUCCCCCUCCGGUCCGGGUGUCGCUCACAGACAGGGGGGAGGCGGAUGAGGAGGACGGAGAUGGUGACUCGGAUGACAGUGAGUCAGAUGAGGAGCUGAGGAGUUACAGUGUUCAAGAGGAGCAGAGUGGAGGGGAGGAGAGCGAGGAGGAGAACCAUGCGGUACCCAUCGUGGUCAGCGACUGUAGCGAUGCUCAUAACCUACGUAGUCUACUGAAGGUGCCCACCACGCUCACCUCCGAGUCGCUUGCUGAUGACCUGCUGGAACGAAAGAAGAAGGUGGUGUCCUUCUUUGAUGAUGUCACUGUUUACCUGUUUGACCAGCAGAGCCCGACUAAAGAGCUGGCUGAGCAUGGUUUCCCUCCAGAGCCUGAGACCAGCGGACAGGGUUCAGAGGGCAAACAACCAACCUCUGAUGACUCCUCAGAUGGAAACAUCUCAGAAGAGAGUGCAGGGUAUGAGUGGGAGGAUGACUUCCCCUUGUUGCCCCUCCCGACUUCCAUAUCCAAGAUGGCUGCCUCCUCCUCAGCCUCAACCCCCUCUACACCCAGCCUGCCCUCCACAUCCAAGGCCCCGGAGCCCAAACCAGCGGUGCAGUACUCCCGCUUCACCGUUUCCCCUAGCCAUGUGUCUCGCUUCUCCAUCACACACGUCUCUGACUCUGACAUAGACUCUGGUCCAGGGAGCAGUGAGGAUGGGGACAGAGAGUAGAACAGAACCACAGCCACCCAGGAGCUGCACCACAUAAACUUAGCGUGACUUUUAUGUAGAGCUUUUUGGACAUCAGGUUUCUGAAAAGACAGUGCCUCUUAUUGUUUAUGGUGUGGGAGAAGAGGGGAAAGAGAAUCAACUCUUAUGAGAAU